AUGGAUCGGCUUCCAAGAAAAAAAGCCAGCGAUGUGUUCGUCGACGAGCACAUCGAGGCGCACACGAGUGACAACGAAGACCAUACCUUCGCCGGCAUCAUGUUCAAUGUCUCUGUCGCUAACCUCCCCUUCGAAGCUGUCCAGAUCAGCUCCGUGUGGAUCAGAGGUGGGCUCGGUCCCAUCUCGAUCUGGUCGACGCCGGAGGGCUUCGAGGACAAGCGUGAGAAGCAGGAGGAGUGGGAGAACCACUAUUCGAAGCAGCAUCGAGCGAGCUUGUAUCAGUUCAAGGAGAUGAAGCUGAAAAAGCCGAUCCUUCUGAGCGCAGGAGAGACUAGGGGCAUCUACAUCCACUCGGCGUGCGAGGGGGACGAGCAGAUUGUCUACGACGACAAGCGUGGAAGGCAGACAUACUCGGAUUUCUGUCUCAAGAUUCGGCCAGGGUAUGCGCAUCUCUCCCACGUUCCCUUCAGCGCUGAGCACACGAACUGGGGGGGCUGGGGCCCAGCAUGGAGGGACAACCGGGCGUUCGUGGGGAAGCUUGACUAUGGGAUCAAGUGGCUGCGGUGGAAUCCAGAGGUUCACGUCCAGCUUCCCUCCUUUUUCCGCAAGAUAGUUUGGUGCCUGCUGAUGUCGCAGCAUGCUCGGGCGUCCUGCAGCUUCUUGCACGUGCUCGAAGAGAACAGCCUCUUCUACAUCAUCAACAGCGUCAACUGGUGGGAGAUGGCUGGUUCGAAGAAGGCGUUGAGGAGGAAGAAGGUGGUGAGGGAGGAGGCUGAGGAGUUAGCAGGCAAGAAGAGUAAGAAGAGGAGUAGGAUGUCAUGGCCAGGGCUGAAUUACUACGUCGAUGACGUGGCGGAGGGCGACGAGCUAUAG